UUGGACCAUGAUGCAAGUAUCAUUAUAGCCUGUAACAUGGGCUACUCUACUGGUAACAGCAUUCUAACAGAGCUCUUGUGUGAUAAUGGGACCCUGUCUGCACCUGUUCCUGUCUGUUAUGAAAACUGUGACAUAGAUGCAAUUCCUUUCUCAAAUCAAACAAUGGCUGAUUCUUUGGACCGUGAUGCAAGUAUUGUUAUAGCCUGUAACACGGGCUACUCUACCGGAAUGAGCAUUCUAACAGAGCUCACGUGCGAUAACGGGACACUUUCUGCACCUCUUCCUGUCUGUUAUGAAAACUGUGACAUAGAGGCAAUUCCUUUUUCAAAUCAAACAAUGGCUGAUUCUUUGGACCAUGAUUCAAGUAUUGUUAUAGCCUGUAACAUGGGCUACUCUGCCGGUAUGGACAAUCUAACAGAGGUCAUUUGUUAUAACGGGACCCUUUCUACACCUAUUUCUGUCUGUUAUGAUAUCAACGAAUGUACAUCGGGCAUCGAUGGCUGUGACGUAAACGCCCGGUGUGUGAACAACAUAGGAAGUUAUACCUGUGAAUGCCAAGAUGGAUAUGAUGGCAAUGGACUUUCUUGCAAUGAGCGUAUUUACAUCGAUUAUGGAUCCGGGUUUGACCGGUCACUAGAAUAUGUUCAAUCCAGCGAUCUAGCGUGGUUUACUGUAAGACUGGAUACAGGGUUUCCUAUCAGCUAUGGUCAACUAUACACCUACAUAAGUUGUACAUCAACGGGCAUGAUUCAUUUUUCGAACUACUAUCCACAUAGCUAUAACCUGUACAAGUACAUCAACCCGUCCUUAUAUAACCUUUAUGAUAUCUACCGCGAUCCAUCUAUUGCGGUAUUCGGUUCACCGGUCGACCUUUACCGCGGCAAUCCAAGGAUCUAUUAUCAGGUAUACGACAUCAACAGAGGAUAUGAAAAUUCAGCUGCUCUACUUGCAGCGAUACAAGAAAGACUGUAUGCAUCUUUGUCCCUUCCGGCAGGGUUAGAGUCCUUCCGGUUCAUCAAUGGAAUCAACUUCAUUUGCAAGGUCACGUGGGAAAAUUUGCAACCUCAGGGGUCGGUGCCAGGACAGGAGACUGUAACCUACCAAGCUGUUCUCUUCACUGACGGAAGAAGAAGUGGUGUACUGACAAUGUACCAGCGAGGCAGUUUCAACUGGAAUCCGAUCUCUAAGUCAGUACCGGCUAGAAUCGGUGUCAGCACCAGGCAUAAUUGGUAUAACGCCUAUGAAGGAAACUCUCUAGCUGUAAUGUAUGAAAGCUAUCGUCCUGAUCUUAGAGUUGGCAACACUGGUCUGCUGGGCCGAGACAUCUACCGUCUUGAUUCGAACCCUGACUGGUACAUCAACCCACGCCGAUACUGUCAAGAUUGGUACAGCGAUGAUCUGAGCAGGCCAUCCUGGGCACCGUGGGCAGAGCCGUGUCCCUGUACUCGCUGGCAGGCCCAGAUUGAUGGAAGGUUUACUCGCUGCAACUACCCAAUCUACGGCUACGGUUAUGGCUACGGGUAUGGCUACGGUUAUGGCUACGGGUAUGGCUACGGUUAUGGCUACGGAUACGGUUACGGCUCUGCGGGACUUCCUAGUUAUUAUUUCGACAGAAGAGCGACUACCUGUUAUCAGCCUCGAUGGCCCAGAUUUGGAGGUGGAUACAGAUGUACCUAUGAGUUCUCUGCUUUGAUCAGGGGCUAUAGAAGUCUUUGGCGGUCCAGCCACUACCAAGCAGUCAUGCCACCGAACGCUAGAUUCUUCUCAUUCUUCUAUUACUCCCUUAGUUACUAUUAUGCAUGGAUUGAGAGAGAUGUCUUACCCCGUUUCUACUGCUGUGGACUUGCUGGUGGAAAUUUCUGUAGUCUUUACGAGCGACGUCGUCCACGUGCUCACUGCUUUGGUUACAGACGACCAUGGUUGGGAUGGUUUUGGGGUGACCCGCAUAUCAAUACUCUCGAUGGGAGGAAAUACACCUUCAACGGCCUGGGUGAAUACAUUACGUUAUCUUACAGUCACGGUGAUCCAUUCGUUUUACAAUCAAGAACUGGCAAGGCUUUUAACAACAGUGAACCCGUUGAACACGGAACGGUCUUCAUUGGGUUCGCUGCUACACAAGAUAUCACAAAGGUCGAGUUCCAGCUGAACGACAACAGGACAGAAAUGAGUAUUCUCGUUAAUGGUUCCUCCAUUAAUAUGACAGACUUCCUAAAUGAUGGAUAUGACUCGCAGGAUCCGACUUUCAUCUUAUCCUCGGAUAAUGAGACCGAAUCAGAGGAUGAGAUCAAGGCCACAGCUCUCUUUCAACCAGAAGGCUAUUCGAGUACGUCCUUCACAGUGACCUUUAAGAAUGGGAUCUUGGAUAUAAGCGUCAUGGUUCCGCCUGAGUAUUCUGAGAACGCAACAGGGAGGGGUCUGCUUGGUAAUGUCAAUGGAAAUAAAUCGGAUGAUUUUCUUUUACGGAAUGGAACGUUACUUACCGAUCAACCCGGGAGAAAUUUAACAGAAGAAGAAAUAUUCCAAUUUGGACAAUCAUGGAUGAUUACGGAGAACGAGUCGCUGUUUGAAUACGGUGAUAGGGACUGGAGUUACUAUAACCCAAGUAACUACACACCAAUGUUCUUAGACGCCCUGCUCGCCCUCGACCCAGACAGGACCAGUAAGGCCCGGCAGACUUGCGGGGAUGACGAAGCAUGCCUCUUCGACUUCCUCGCCGUCAACCCCGAAUUGGGAAUGCAGACGAUGGACACCGGUAACCAACUUGACAACGAUCUUCUAAACCUUGAUAACUUCCCUCCGAAUAUAACAAGUGUGACAGAGCUGACAGAAACAGAUGGACUUCAAGAGGAUAAUGUUCUUUUUGUGCAAGUGGGCGUGAAUAUUACCUUAGAGAUUACUGCACAGGACCCUAACAAUGAUGAUGACGUAUAUUUCACUUUCAACGAUACAACUCCAGAUGGCGCCAAUAUCAGUUCAGAUGGCAUAUUCACCUGGACACCCACUGACCUGAACGUCUCCUCCAUCGAGAUCAUCGCCAUGGACAACCGAGGCGCGGAGACCUCUUUGUCGUACAAGGUCCUCAUCUGCCACUGCGAGAACGAUGGAGAGUGUGACUUCGAGAGCCAGGCCGAGGGACAGGACCUCAAUGCUAAUGGCUUUGCUGUGGUCACGUGCAACUGCACUGACGGAUGGUCAGGUGAGCACUGUGACGUAGACUACGAUGCAUGUGAGGGUAGCGGGCCUUGUCAUGAGGGGGUUAUCUGCUACGAUGAGCCCCCGUCCUCAGAGGAAGAAUACAGAUGCGGGCCAUGCCCUCCUCAACUAACAGGAGACGGGAGUAAUUGCUUCGACUUCAACGAAUGUGCUGAAAAUGACACCAACGAAUGUGACCAGAUUUGUGAAAAUGAAUUGGGUUCCUACACAUGCUCUUGUGAACCGGGCUACAGGCUUGGCCUUGAUCAACGUUCCUGUACUGAGAUAUUCUGUACUGAAGAAUUGAAGAAUUCCACGGGAUCUGAAAACUGUACUUGCGAGCCAGGCUUUGAACUCAUAAAUGGAUCCUGUAUAGAUUUUAAUGAAUGUCUAGCUGCUGUCGACCAGUGCCCGCCUGAUAUAUCUACUUGCAACAACAUACCAGGAGAUUAUAAUUGUACUUGCCAUUCAGGAUACGAAAACAUGUCUCCAAAAGAGUGUCAAGAUAUUGACGAAUGUGAACGUGACUUGGAUAAAUGCAACAGGACUGAAUUCAACUGUGUGAACUUUCUGAGUAACUUCUCAUGCGUGUGCAAGGAUAAUACAACAGAAAUCAAUGGAGUUUGUCUAGGUGCAUUGACGCUGUCAUUCAACGUUCGUUUUUCGUUUAUCAAUGGGCUUAGCACUGUUAGCUACCCGGAGACAAUUGACUCCCAAGAAAAUCAGCAGAAAUUGGCACAAGACGUCUUGCGUUACCUGAACACGUCCUCAAAAUUAAGUGAAGACGAGUUUCAGGCUGUAUCUGUGCAGAACUACAGCUUGGCGGGAAGUUUUCUUCUGAUUUCCUUCCGUGUUGACCUGAAACCCGACUCGUCACUGACCGAAUCUGGUCUGGAAAAUAUUUUCAUGGAACUUCUUCCAAGCUCACGUCUUAUUGAACCAAACCAUAAAGUUAUGCCCGAGGAUAUCAACGAAUGUGAGCUAUCUACGGAUGUGUGUAGUAACGGUAACUGUACAAAUACAGACGGUAGCUAUUUUUGUACCUGUUCUGAAGGUUUCCAACUCGGAAACGGGAAUGCUUCUUGCAUAGAUAUCAAUGAGUGUCUCGGGAAUCAUGAAUGCAACCAAACUUGUAUCAACUCACGUGGGAAUUACUCGUGUUCUUGCAAUCCUGGAUUUGAGCUUGAUGAUGAUGGUUUUACAUGCAGUGAUACCAAUGAAUGUAAUGCAACAGACGCGUGUAGUAAUGGGAACUGUACAAAUACAUAUGGUAGCUACUAUUGCACUUGUGAUGACGGUUUCACUGGAACUGGAAAUGACUCUUGUAUAGAAAUCGAUGAGUGUGAAUCGAAUCCUUGCCAAAAUGGAGCGACUUGCAUAGACUGGGUCAACAUGUAUAGCUGUACCUGCGCACCUGGUUAUACUGGAACUAAUUGCUCAAUGGAAAUAACCACGCCAACAACCACCACCACCACAGAGGGCACUCCAUUUACAACUACCAUACAACCCGGCGCAACUCUCACAGAAGAUACUAGUCCUACUGAUUUGACUAGUUCUGAUUCUACCACUCAUCCAACAACAAUCACUUCAACUGAAAUAACUACACCCACUGCUGCCACCAACACAGAGAGCACAUCACCUACAACUACCACACAACCCAGUACUGCAGAAGAUACUAGUCCUACUGAUUUAACUACUUCUGAUUCAUCCACUCUUCCAACAAUGAUCACCUCAACUGAAAUGUUCGUAAGCAUCAUAAGGAUUGAAAUCACAGCCAACAGACGAAAUGGUGUACUGCUUGUAUUCACAGAAGAACUUAAUGAUCGGUCUACGGCCGCUUUUAUGGCUUUGGAAGAUGUCUUUUGUGGUGCGGUUUCAACGUAUUUGAAUGUAAGCUUGAAUUCAGCUCAGCUCAUCAGUAUCACAUGUGAGGUAGUCUCUUUCCAAAAUGGUAGUGUGAUUGGUGAUCUUCGAAUCGGUCUCGCAGCACCAUCUCAGGAUUCCGCUGAUAGUCUUGCUCAAUCAGCCACUGACCUAUCACCUGCCAAUGAGACAUUACCCUUUCUCGACGAUUCUCUUUACGUCGAAGAGCUAGCCAUAGACAAAAUGACCACGCCCACAACCACCACCACCCCCACCACAGAGGGCCAACCACCUACAAGUGCCAUAAAACCCAGCACAACUAUUACGGAAGAUACUAGGCCUACUGAUUUGACUAGUUCUUCAACUGAAAUAACUACGCCCACUGCUGCCACCAACACAGAGGGCACACCACCUACAACUACCACACAACCCAGUACAAUUAUUACAGAAGAUACUAGUCCUACUGAUUUAACUACUUCUGACUCUACCACUCUUACAACAACGAUCACCUCAACUGAAACAUUCGUGAGCUUCAUAAGAAUUAAGAUCACAGCCAACAGACAAAAUGGUGUACUGCUUGUAUUCACCGAAGAACUUAACGAUCGGUCUACGGCCGCUUUUAUGGCUUUGGAAGAUGUCUUUUGUGGUGCGGUUUCAACGUAUUUGAAUGUAAGCUUGAAUUCAGCUCAGCUCAUCAGUAUCACAUGUGAGGUAGUCUCUUUCCGAAAUGGUAGUGUGGUUGGUGAUCUUCGAAUCGGUCUCGCAGCACCAUCUCAGGAUUCCGCUGAUAGUCUUGCUCAAUCAGCCACUGACCUAUCACUGGCGAAUGACACAUUACCCUAUCUCGGUGGUUCUCUUAACGUCGAAGAGUUAGUCGUAGACAAUACCGAUAGUUGUGAGAACAGCAACCCCUGCAGAAAUGGAGGGAUCUGCACGGAUGAAUUUAACACGUAUAGUUGCGCAUGCCCAGAGGAUUACUCAGGGACAGACUGUUCAUCAUUCUCUGGUAGGACUGGCCUAUCACCUGGUGCUAUUGUUGGAAUCAUACUUGGUGCUAUGUCGGGAGCUCUGUUCUUCGUUAUCUGCGCGUGUUUAAUAAUGGUCCAGACAGUGCGUCGUAAUGAGGCAAAUAGGAUGUUAAUGGGGAUGCAGAAGCAUAGCAACUACCACAUCUCAGAGCACCGGCGUAUAUUCGGCGACCAACAGUCGGAUCAUUCAUUUGAGGAUUACUCG